AAAAAAUCAAAUUUCCACGGAAGGUGAGGAAGAUGGUGAAUAAAAAAAAUAUAUAUUUUCAACAAUGCAGAGAAAUCUGGGAAGAACUUCUGGAUGUCUCGCUUUUAAAGAAUUGCGGUUUCAUAAACAUUUGUAUGGGGAUCAGUUUCGUGUUGUCGAGCGACUUCAUAUUUUCUUACCUUUUGCCACUGAUGAUGACCAACAGUGGUUACACGAAAAGUCAAGCGGCCUUGGCAAUUACCGUCUGUGCAACCGCGGAAUUAGUAUCCAAGAUUUUGCUCGCAAUUUUCACUUUGUUGGUAAAAGUCAAAGCGAAAUAUAUAUUCUUCGUCGCUAUGAUUGGCAUGGCGUUCGCAAAAAUUGGUUACUUAAUGUACAAUGAAACGUUGGUCGGCAUGUUUGUGAUGAUAACGAUUAUAGGAAUGGUCAGAUCAUGGUUGUUGGUCCCUCAACCUUUAGUUAUCAUAGAGGACGUUUGUAUAAAUAAAUUCGCCUCGGCGUACGGUAUUGCCGGGGCUAUUAACGGAAUGGUUUCUAUAGUAUGCGGCCCGAUCGUUGGUGAGAUUCAUGAAGGAUUGGACCAACAGUUUCGUUGUUUGCCAGCUCGCCCUUAUUCUAAUGAACGUCCUGUUCGUUAUCCCGUGGGCAGUACAAUUCUUCUCGGUUGAUUUACUAAAGAGAAGGAAGGAACGAGCGGAUAAUAAAAUUGCCGCCCAAACUUCCGCUCCCUUUUCUACGGAUUGAAA